GAUGGUUUAGGGGGAUGUUGGCCUGGAAACCGGGAAAGGGAUUAACAUUCGAAAUGUAAAUAAGAAAUACUCAAGUUAAUAAAGAAAAAACGGAAAAAAAGAAAAUAGUCAAGUUUAUGAAUAUCUCAAAGUAGUUUAAUAACUUAGAAGGUUUGUGAAAGUGUUCUCUUUGUAUUAACUUUUGAAUUGCUAGGUUUAAAGGAUACAACAAUAUAACAUUAGCUUACGAAUCUGGGUCAGAAAUCAUAGCAUUAGAGUUGACAAUAAUGUUUGUCAAUGAAAACGUGCAAGAAUUGAACACAAGACUCUCCUUGUCUUUCAUGGAAUCUGAGCUUUGCUCAGCACUGUAUGCUCUUGUGAUUUCGUGGAAUCAUACUAUUAAUAACAAAGUUUUUUUUUCAUGAAAGAAUGAACCAAACACAUUCACAUUUAUUUUUUAAAACAAAUAACAAAAACCCAAAUUACCAGAUUUUUUUAAACCUAAGCUUAACAUUACAUAUUUAAACAAUAGUCAAACUGACGAGGUUGCCAGCAUUCGUGCACAACUAGAAAACAUCCUUAAUUUACACUAAAGCAGAAAUGUAUUACCAUUGAUGCAGUAAUAGCUUACAUCACUAAAUACUGAAAAUAAAGUUGAAAUAUUUCUGUAGACAUUCAUCUGGCAAUGGUAACUUCACAGCAGGCUGACACUACUCACAAUUCAACACAGUGGGAAGCAGAGCCAUGCUGGUGUUAAAGACAAUCUCGUCCCAGCACUACUCAGCAGUCACAGGGCUCACCUCAGAUCACGUUCUGUUUAAAGCAAAGUGCGUACAGAGAUCACAACAAUUUUAAAGACAAAAAAGAAAAGAAAAGAAAAAAGAAAAAGAAAGGUCCUAUUUUGUGGUCCCAACAAACAAACUCAAAAUUCUGACAAAUGGGGGCUCCGAUGAGUUGUAUUAUAAAUACUUUAGAUUAGGUACAGUUAUACAGAAAGUCGAGUUCGUUUGAAAUCUUCAGAAAAAAAGUUCCUGUGAUUCCUCAAAUGGUGCUUGUUAUAGCAUUUCUGUUACAUGCCUGCGUUGAAUUACUUGUUAUCCAAGCAUAGUGGGGGCUCCUUACCAUUUAUCGUCAGGGACUUUAACUGUCCAUCUUCUUCAACUUCUACUCUUUCCUGACCGUUCUCCAUAAUUCUCUUUGUAAUGUUUUGUUUUGUUUUGUUUUUUUGGUUUUUUGUUUUUGUUUUUUUGUUUUUUGGUUGUUUUUUUUUUUUUGGCCAUUAACUAGUUUAGUUGAAGUUGAUAUUGAUUUGAAGUUGCCCAUUCCACUGCCGCCAAAUGACACUGAAGAGAAUGAAGUGAGACCCCCAUGACCCGAGUGGAGUAAAGCCUGUAUCAAAAGCAGGAAAUCGGGGUUGAGGAUUUAGCUCAGUGGUAGAGCGCUUGCCUAGCAAGCGCAAGGCCCUGGGUUCGGUCCCCAGCUCCGGGGGGAAGGCAGGAUAUCCGCUUCCAAAAUCCACUGAAGGCCGAGGAAAAGGAGCCAGCACCUCGGCUUCUACUUCCUCGAGGACCCCUUCGGUUUCCAAAAAAGUCAUCAAAUGGGCCUUCAAAGAAGUCAGAUGAAAAUGGGUCCCUCCCACCAAAAAAUCCCCUGAAAACACCAUCUGGGUUCCGGAGUGUGACUCCCACAAUGACUCCCACCUCCACCAGCACCACUCAAUCCUUCUUUGCCAUAUUUGUCACUGAUGUCCGCUUUUGAGCAUCCGAUAACACUUCACAUGCCUCAGCCACUUGUUUGAAUUUCCACUCCACUUCUUUAUUUUCAGGAUUUCUGUCCGGGUGCCAUUUGAGUGCCUGUUUUCGAUACGCCUUUUUAAUGUCCUCGGGUAAGGCCUGUCUCUGCACGCCCAGCACUUCACAAUAAUCCACCGUGUUUUAACUGACUGUUGGAGCAAAUCCGAGGACAGGGCGGCCAGCGAGGGGGGGGAAGUCACGCGUCCGGUCUCCUCGCGGCUCUGGCACAGCAGCGCUGGUCACAACGAAGAUUUAUUUUAGUUUUAGUUUUAGUAGUAAUUGUCCAAAAUACUCACUUCGUUAUGGCUUUCCCUGCAUUUAGAAGUCAGAUGGCUGGGCAUGGACUUUAGCUGCCAGAUCAAAGCGCAGGCUUCAGGUCUGGGCUGCAGGGGGCUCUUCUGGAGGAGCAUCUGUGUCCACCGCAGCAACAUGAAUGGGAGGUGCCUUGAGCACUAGGGCCGUCCCAGGCAACCGUGGGCAGCAGUGCCACCUUUCCAUAGAUCAGGCCCGUAAAGAGAAAAGGCACCUGGUAAGGCUCGGAACAUUUAUUUACACUCGUGCAAGCACAAAGCCAACAGGAGGUCGCUUUCCCGCGCGUCCCAUUCCCCGGGGACGAUAUCCGCCAUCCCUGAGGUGAGGUAACAGGUGUCGUGUGUGUUCUCUCUGGGUUAAGGAACCAACUUCAGCAUCCGGUGCUACAGUUAAGGAAGAACUUCAGCAUCCGGUGCUACAGUUCACACGGGAGCCCGCUACACCCAGUGGUAGAAUGAGGAUGUAAAGAAAGGGGAAGGGAACAGCCACAGCCUCAAGUGAGGAGAAGCAGCGGAGCUCUGCGUACACCCGCAUCCCUGCCUUAGUAAAAGUAGAGUGAAAAAAAGAGAGGGCGGUUAGACAGUGCGCAGGUACAAGACACCGCCCAGAUCCGCGCUCCCGCCCCCGUGACCAAUUAGAGAAUCGUCCGUGCCCAGAGAGCAACCUAUAGGAGAGACCGGAGGAGGAGCACUGCUCUUUAAGCAGCCAAGCCCCCGGGACUUACUCUGAGCCAGGAGAGCCACAGCGUUCCGUGUCUCAUCAUUAUGUCCUUGCAGGCUGAUUUUGACCAGGCCGCACAAGAUGUGAGGAAGCUGAAAAGCAGACCGGAAGAUGAAGAGCUCAAGGAACUCUACGGGCUCUACAAACAGUCUGUCAUCGGAGACAUCAACAUUGCAUGUCCAGCAAUGCUGGACUUAAAGGGCAAGGCCAAAUGGGAAGCUUGGAACCUCCAAAAAGGGUUGUCGAAGGAAGACGCCAUGGGUGCCUACAUUUCUAAAGCCAGAGAGCUGAUUGAGAAAUACGGAAUUUAGAAUGUGAUGGCGGGGACAGAUCUCUGGAAGCCUCCAUUAGCAACGCUCUAAAUAAAACCAUGUGUUUUUUUUCUAUUAGAUGAAUCAUAAUACUUAGGACUAUGACAACAUAGUUCCUGGUUUUACUUGCUUGAGCAAGGUGACUUUAAAAAGUUCCUUUUCAAAAAUAGUUUUGUAGUAUGCAUACACGCGUUAAUAAAUAUCUGUUUCUUUUUGGCA